CUGGAAACAACGGCACUGCUGUAGGUUCCGCCUUUGCAGUUAAACAGCUGAAAGUGAAUCUGUCAACUAAAAGGAUAAAGAAGCUCCCUACUCCACGGAGAUGUUAUCGGUGGUGUCUUUUCUAUGAUCUGUGAGUGAAGAGGCACCAUCUACAAACAUGGAACAGGAACAGGAACCGAAACCAGGUUGUCAGCAGCCAGAUGAUUCUGGAAAAUCCACUGUCAAACUACCAGGAGAAGACCUCCCCAGGAAUGAAACGGAACAGAAACCAGCAACUUCAAAAACAGCAGGCAGCAACGAAGAGUGUGUUGUAGAUAAACCUGGGAUAAAUGAAGAACCUGCAGCCACAAACAGUGAUGUAGGAGAAGCAUUCAAAGAUCAGAGGAAAGAAACCCCACCACGGAAACAGUCCACUGAGCAAAGGGAGGAUGUUGAACCCAUUGGUCCUACUCCUAAAGAGGCUGCUGAAUCCAAAGUUUCAAAAGAUACUGAAAUCCUGGAAGAUCUCAAAUACGAUGAUAAAGAACAGCUGGAGUAUGUGAGGAAACUAGGUGAUUGUGGUCCAGAUGGAGAUCAGAAAGCUUUUGAAGCCACACCUACAGACAAGGAGACUACAAAGACCUCUAAGGCUGACGAGGUACCAGAAGAUGGGGAUGCAGAUUCUGCUAACUGUGAUAGCCUCGACAAGAACUCUGGACAACAAGCCGAUGAUGAAAGUCAAGACGAUUCCACAGGAGACUGGAAUGAGAAAUCAGCCGGUGAAUGUCUCUGUCCAAGUGUUACCACAGAUGCAGAAUCAGAAAAAGUCGAUCAUUCACUAAAAAUGGACAAGAAAACCAAUCGCCAUUCCAAAGGAGAGCCAUUAGAGAAUGAGAAGCCAGUCAGCACUACACCUGACAAAUGUCCUAGUCGAAGUGUGACAUCAGAUGCAGACUUAGCUAAAGGGGAUUAUUUACUGACUAGAGAGAAAAAGCCUGGCCAACAAGCAAGAGAGGCAAAUAACGCAGCAGCAGAUGAACAUUUCAGUCCAGGUGUGCCAAGAACCUCACAAAUGUCUCAAGAGGAACCUCCAAAGGAAGACAUAGAAAAACAAAUGAAAAAGAUGAGGAAAAAAGAAAAAGCAGAUGUUGAAACCAUCGGUCCUACAACUACACAGGCUGAACUGUCAGAAGAAACUGGAAUUCUUGGAGGAAGUAAAAGGGUCUUCAUGGCAGUGGUUGUGGUGGUACUUGUUGCCAUCUUGACGCAGCAUUUCCUCCAAUCUAAAUCUCCACCUCAGAAGAAUGAUUUGCGACAAGUGGAAGUCUUCCUCAAGCGGAUGGAAGAAGUAAAAACGAGGUUUCCUAAUCAGCGUGCCGAGCUCUGGAGCAGGAGUGAAAUCCACCUUAAGAGGCACCUCCAGACCAGCCAACCUGCAGAGCCGGUGAGCCUGAUUCUGACUUCAGGCUUUAAGGCCGAGAAGACCAUGCGCUGCCUGGCUCGGGACGUGGCCUCCGCCUUCUCCACCGCCCUCAAUGCCUCCGUCCUCCACAUCGACGGAGCCAGCAAAGCCGGCCAAGACAGCGAUCAGGUCAAACUGGACAUUGACAGAAACCUCGAAGGAGCUUUCCAGGGAGACAAACCUGUAGCCGUUAUUCACCGCCUGGAAGAGCUGCCUCCGGGCUCCACACUCAUUUUCUACCGCUACUGUGACCACGAGAACGCCGCCUACAAGAAGACUUUUCUGAUCUUCACAGUGCUGCUGGGUGACGAAGAGGAGAUCCAAGACAAGAUUCGCUUGAGCGUUGUGGAGGAGAUGGUGGACGACCACCUGCAGAAGAGAUUUCUGUCUCACAGCCACCCGGUAUCUUUUGACAGGAUGGAUCUCAACAAGUACGGUGGACUGUGGAGCCGCAUUUCUCAUCUCAUCCUGCCGGUGGCGGCAGAGGAAAGAAUAGAGCAUGAAGGAUGCAAGAGGACUCAACUCUGUCCUGAGCUUUGGGUGUGAGCGCUGAAUUAGGACACAUCUGUAAGACCUCUUACUGGGAUAUUUAUUCUGCUCUUAGCAGUGAUUUUAAAGAUCCAAUAGUUUCUUACAAGAAUUUUAUUGAUACCGAGUUGCAUCAAUAUUUAGACUCAUUUGUAAGAGGGAUGUCUGUAAGAAUUUCAUUCUUUAUGAAGAAGUCUUUGACAAAAAGGCUUAUGCACUUUAUUAUUUUAAUCAUUUGAUUAAGUUAUAGGUGGGUUGCAAAAGGUUAUUAUCUGGAUUUUGCAGCAGUGGGAUUUUAACUGCUACAUUUUAAAGACACUCAAUUUCAGACUUGUAAUUCAUCUUUACUUAACUAUCACAGAACACUUAGCUGGCUGAGCUUUUUUAAGCAUCACAACACAAGGUUUCUAAUUUUUGAUUCGUCUGUGACUUACAUCUGAAUGGCACCAUGUGCCUUAAAGUAAGCCUCUAAUGUACAAAUAUGAGUUAAAUGUGCCUUAAAAUACAAAUAAACCAUUUUUUUAAUUUUAAA